AUACAUAUAUUAAAUUUGACGGCCGAGGCGAUUUGCAAAAAAGCAAAAGUCUCAUUUUCUUGUGUUGCACACCACCAGUUGGGAGAAUUUUUGCGGAAAAAUUUCUAAUUUUUGCAAAAACUAUCGACAAAUUCUGGAUUAAAAUUAUUGAAGCAGCAACUGCAAAGCAUGAUAAUUUAGUUGCAAUAAAUUGCUAAUUUAUAAAUUAUGGCAUCUGCGCUAGAAAAUUACGUAAAUGUUGUUCGUACCUUGAGUGCAUCGGGUAAGGAUAAUAAAUUCCUCAUCACACACAGGACAUUCUAGAAUCUAGAUAAAUUGCGAAAUAAAAUCCAUCAAAUUUAAAAGCAUUUAAUUAACAUUUAACCAUCAUGGAACAAUUGAAUGAUUCGAUUGAGUUGCUAACAAAGAAUUCGAUUAUCUUGGACAAUGUCCUGGAGACACUGGACAUAAACCAGCAUUCGUUGGGUGUGAUGUAUGUUUUGUUGGCUAAAUUCUCAAAUGCUUUGAAUGCACAAACAUGCACAACAACGGAAGCUGCUCAUUUAAUAAAACUUUUUAAAGAUUUCAUAACGCUUUGCAAUGGAGAGCAAGUUCGUUUUGCCAGCCAUUCAUAUUAUGAACUCUGCCACUUUUUCACAACCUUCAUAUUACGUCAGCCAUCGUGUAUUCACGGUAUUAAGAUUCUAGCUCAUGCUGUAGAUAAAAUACGUCUAUUUGAUUCGCAAUUAACUGCCGUACAUGCGGAUUUAUGUUUGCUUAGUUUACAAGCGAAGUGCUUUAAAACGGCUUUAAAAUUCUUAGACAUCGAUAUCACAUCAAUUGCCACUGAUGGCUCAGCGAAUCGAGGAUCGUUGUUUGCAUCUAUACAAGACUCAAAUCUUGAUGUGAAAUAUUUCCUCCUUUACUAUUAUUAUGGCGGUAUGAUUUAUACAGCUGUAAAAAACUACGAACGAGCCUUGUAUUUCUUUGAAGUCGCUGUUUCAACACCUGCCAUGGCAAUGUCCCAUAUUAUGCUUGAGGCUUAUAAGAAGUUUAUUUUAGUUUCUCUAAUAUUACAUGGAAAGAUUCUCACAAUCCCAAAAUAUUCUUCACAAGUUGUAUCGAGAUUUAUGAAACCUCUUAGUCAAGCCUAUCACGAUUUAGCAACGGCGUAUGUUUCUUCUUCAAGUGAUGAUUUGCGAACUGUAGUCAUAAAAUAUAGUGAAACUUUUAUAAGAGACGUUAAUAUGGGUUUGGUUAAACAGGUUCAAUCCUCAUUGUAUAAGAAAAACAUCCAACGACUUACCAAAACGUUCUUAACCCUAUCACUACCGGAUGUAGCCAGUAGAGUCCAACUGACCACUGCAGCCGAAGCAGAGAAAUAUAUUUUACAUAUGAUAAAGGCUGGAGAAAUAUAUGCUACAAUCAAUCAAAAAGACGGUAUGGUCGUGUUUAAAGAUGACCCAGAGAAAUACAAUACACCAGAAAUGUUCCUUAAAGUACAAGAAGAUAUGUCUGGAGUAAUGGAGAUUAUUAAGCAAAUAAAUAAAAUGGAAGAAGAGAUUGUAUUAAAUCCAUUGUAUGUGAAGAAAGCAAUCGGCAAUCAAGAAGAAGAAAUUGCAUCUGGGCAGCAUUCAAAAACAUAUUCCGGAGAUCCCGCAGAAUGAUGUUUCAACGCUUCGUCAUGACUGCAGAAUAUUAUUUUAAAAACUAGUUCAUCCAUUAUCAUCUCUAAAUCUGCGUUAUAUUUUUAAAAAGAACAAUGAAGGAAUGUACACUAUAUUAUAUAUCUCGUUGCAAGAGUGCUAAAAAAAAACAUAUAGAAAACAAAACAAAAUGUUUUGCCAGUUUAUUCGGCAAGAAAAACAAAAAACAAAAAAAGAAUUUGUAAUAUUUUAUGUGUAUUGUUUCAUUUUUAGUAUUAUUAUUAUUUUUUUUAUUUUAAACCGUGAAUCGAAGAAAACCGAUAUAAAACAAAAAUAAAUCUCUCGAUACAAAAAUAUUCAAAACAAAAAAAGAUACAAAGCUAAUAAAAAAGGAUAAACAUACAAAAUAGUAAAAAAUUCAACUGGCACACACAAAAUGCACCCACAUUUCAUUUCACUCUGCAAAACAAAUUUCUUGGUUAUUUUACUUUUUUUAUUUUAUUUUUUCUUCUUUGUAAUUAAAUCAUAAGAAUUCUUUAAAAUAAAAACAAAAAAAAAACUAUGUUAAUUUAUGCAGAAAAUAAUAAUUGAAA